AUGGAGCUACAGACUAUUCUGACAGGGUUGCUGGUCCUGACGCUUGCCCCCGGGUGUGGGGCCGUCGAGAGGGUGUUCUUUAUAGCGGCUGUAGAGAGGGAAUGGAACUAUGCACCUACGGGGAAAAACAUCAUCAACCCACAGGAUCAGGGAGCUGCGGACAAGUAUCUGGUGAAUGGCAGGAACCGUAUUGGCAGCGUGUACACCAAGACUAUAUAUAGAUCGUACACAGACGCCACCUACCGGACUGAGAUCCCAAGUCCUUCCUGGCUCGGUCUGUAUGGACCAAUCAUCAGAGGAGAAAUCGGUGACACCAUCACUGUCCACUUCCGGAACAAUGGAUCGCGGGAGUUUUCUAUGCAUCCACACGGGCUCUUUUAUAAGAAAGACAGUGAAAGUGCGAUCUACAUGGAUGGCACAUCCGGGCAUUUUAAGUACGAUGACAUAGUUAUGCCCGGAUCUGACGUCACGCUGACGUGGCAAGUACACCCUGACGAUGCCCCUGGUCAAGACGACCCUGCCUGUAUACCCUAUGUGUACCACUCACAUGUUGAUACACCGCCCGAUACCAACACAGGUCUGAUCGGUGUCAUCUCCGUCUGUAAGCCAGGAACGUUGGAUGCCAAAGGUCAAAGAAAGGACGUGGAUGAAGAGUAUUUCAUUGUUGCAAAAGUAUUUGACGAAAAUGCAAACUGGAUUACAUCCCGAAAUUUACAGAAGUGUGGAGAUCCAACUGAGUGUCAGAGGUUGCUGGACAACGAGGACGAGGACUUCAUGGAGAGCAACCUCAUGUACACAUUCAAUGGCUACGUGUUUGCGCAACUUCCGGAUCUCCUCGCCUGUUCAGGGGACAAGGUCGCGUGGCACGUGAUUGGCAUGGGCAAUGAAAUUGACAUCCACUCGAUCGAGUUCCAUGGUCAGAUAGUACAGACAGAACAGACAAGUGACGACAAUAUCCAGGUGUUCCCGGCUGUGUUCAAGACGGGUAUGAUGACGGUCGGAUCCCCGGGACAUUGGAUAAUAGGCUGUAUGGUCACAGAUCACUACGCCGGUGGUAUGAAUGCAUACUUCAUCGUAGAAGAUUGCGGGGCUCAGACAUCGCAGAAGCUACCCGGAAACACACGAAACUACUAUCUCGCCAUAGAAGAAGAAGAGUGGAAUUAUGGACCUUCCGGCAUGGAUAAAUAUAAUGGCGGCAUGCUGAGUGAACCCGGCAGCAAGGCGGAACCCUAUUUCGCUCAAACUACUGCUCGCAUCGGAGGUAGAUACAGGAAGGCAAGAUUCCAGGAGUAUGGCGACAUUGUCUUUUUAACCCGGAAGUCAUCUCAUGAUACAUCGCUUGGAAUUCUGGGACCGGUGUUACGAGCGGAAUCUGGGGAUGACGUCAGGAUUGUCAUUAAGAACAAAGGCAGCAGACCGUUCUCGUUUACUGGCCAUGGGUUGACAUACACACAAGGCGCAGGUGAAAUGACAGGCCAUUCUGCCCUGUCAACCCUGGCUCCAUUCAUGUGUACAAUCAGCACGUACCUGAUGACGUUGUUGGCCCAAAUGACCCGGACUGCAUCGUGAAGAUAUACUACUCAUCGACAAUCAGUGACGUCAAUUCCGGCCUGAUAGGACCUCUAGUUCUGUGUCGGAGGGGCGCUUUGGAUAAAGCCACUGGGAGACAGCGGUACACGGACAAGGAGUUUUUCCUGCUCUUUAGUGCAUUUGAUGAAAACAAGUCUUGGUUCUUAGAUGCCAACAUCAAGAAUUACUUAACUUCCGCUGUCAACAAGGACGACGCCGACUUCAUUGAGAGCAACGU